GCCUCUGCUUGUGGGGCUGGAAGUGGGGAAUGGGCACCGGGCGGGCAAUGCUGCAGGGUGCCCAUAGGAUUGUGGAGUGUGCUGCUCCGGCUGUCAGCUCUGCCUGGGAGGGGGAUGCAUUUGCAGCUUGUCUUGGGGGCAGCUGAACUCCCCUCCCCAAGGGCUGUGGUCACAGAGGUGCGUGCAGAGCAUGCUUUUACCCACUGGGUGCUCAUUCAGGUCCUGCGCGGCCCCCUUUCAGGGCAGUGCAGGUGGGAGACACUGGACAGGCAGCUCUGCUCACCACAGCCACACCUGGGACUGGGUUUUCCCCCCCCCCCCCCGGUGGGGGUCCUGCACCACACUGCUCCAGAGGCUGCAGAGGGCCAUGGCCAGGGACCCCCCCCAAGGGUUGGCAGGUCUGCAGCUGCUUAGUGCCCCUUUCCACCCCUCAGGCUGCCCCAUGGGACUCCCACUGCCAGGGGGACACGUGGGCUGGUGCCAGCAUCACCCUGCUGGCACUUGCAAACCUGAGGGACUCCCCGUGCAGAAGCCCCCCAGCCUACAGGCCCGGCGAGAUGGGCAGGCAGGCCUGGUGGCGGGAUGGCUUCCCACAUCCCACUGGGAGCUGGGGUGCGUGGUCCUCCCCGGGCCAUGCCGUGGCAGCAAUGGUAUCCGUUCACCCCUUUGCAGCCCCCCAGGCGCCCUGGGGUCAGCGUCGCGGGCUCUCACCCAGCCAGCCCUGGGUUGGUAUUUGCCCCGACGCCUCCCUGCAAACCUGCUGCGGCCAGUCCCGGCCCCGCCUGCCUGCCCUUCCUCGCCAGCGGGAAGAGGAGGAGGAGGAGGCAGCUGCGGGCUGGGAACGGCUCUGGAAGGAGCGCGAGCAGGAUACGAGCCAGGCUGUGGGCCAGGCCGGACGGGACAGGAGGGCUUGGCUGUGCUCGCCACCAGGUAUGGCAUGGACUGGGCAGGACCUGCCCCGGCGAGGGGGCUCUGCUGCCCGCAUGUGGAUCUGGCAGCUGAGCCUUCUUCCCGUCCCCUACGGAGCCAGCGGGGCCAUGCACCCUCGCUCCGAGCACCGGGAGGGACCCAGGGGCCAUCACACCCCAGUUCCCACCUGCAAGCCGGCAGCAGAUCUGGCCUGGCCGCUCCCGGGGACCUGGCAUCCACCCUGGCACACACCGUCCCUCCCGCCAGGACAGGGUACAGGCUGGCAGGACAGGGUCUGGGUGGCUCUUGGCGCUGGGUUUGGGGCCUCUGUGCCGGGGAGGCUGCAAGGACAGGGGUGCGGCAUUUCCCUGGAGCUGGCCGGUGGGACGGUAAUUGUGCCGCUCCCUCCGGGGCUGUGGGGCAGCAGGCAGGGACUAACCACUGCCCUGCUGCCAGCACUGCUGCCUACGGGCUGCUGGGUUCUCCCCGCUGCCGGGCAGGGCUGUGCUGCUGCGGAAACUGUCAUGGAGAGAAGCACUCGUGUGACCAGGUGGGCUUUGCUCUCCUGGUCCCAGCAGGAACUGAGCCAUGUCCCCUCUGGGAGAGGGACUGGCUGGUGACACCAUCAUGGGAGCUGCUGUGCUGAGGGGAUGGGCAGCAUGGGGACUGUCCCCCACUAACCUGCCCCAUCUCCCCCAGCUGCAUGUCGGGCUCAUCCUUCAUGCUGGGGAAGCUGAGGAGGAGUGGAAGGGGGGGGCUGGUGGAGAAGCAGUGGCAGAGCCUGGAGGAGAAGAGCAGCACCAGCACGCAGCUGGGGCACCCUGUGCUCACCAGAUCCAAAACCUGCGACCCCUCCUUCUGCACGGACACAGAGCAGGCUGCGGUGGCCACGGGCAGGCAGGGAAACCUGUCCCCGUCGCUAAGCAAGCGCACCGCAAGUUACCGCAAAGCUUUCGGGGAGCUCACCGAGCAGGAAGAGCUGCUGGCCUGCUUCUCCUGCGCUUGGCAGAGAGAGGUGCCCUACCAUGGCCGCCUCUACAUCACCUCCCACCACGUCUGCUUCCACGCCAGCCUCCUGCUCAAGGACAUCAAGGCUGUGGUUCCUCUCGCCUCCAUCUCAGCCCUCAAGAAGACCAACACGGCGCUCCUGGUGCCCAACGCACUCAGCAUCCGCACUGCCGAGGGGCAGAAGUUCCUUUUUGUGUCACUGCACCGUCGGGAGGCCACGUACCAGCUCCUGAAGUCGGUCUGCAAACACCUGCAGGACAACAGCUGGAGCCCUCUGGCCUCUCUGAGCAGUGAGGAAAUCCUUAGGAAGCCUCUGACCUCAAGCCAGUCAGACCUGGAGCAGAGUACCCCAGAGCCUGACAACCUCCAGGAGCCGCUGGAUGAGCUGAGCCCAACGCCAAGGCAAGCAGAGGAGGAGGAUGAAGAGGUGGCGGCGCUGGCUCUGAGCAGCAGUGAGCGGUUGCCCUUGGCAAAGCCACGCGGCUUCUGGGGGGGACCCCACACCACGCUAUGGGCCAAGAUCACCACGCAGCUGAGCCUCCUCAACACCGUCCUCCUCAUCUACCUGCUGCUGAUGAUGACCCUGCUGCUGUCCUCAAUGUACAUCGGUCUGCGCAUCAUGGAACUGGAGCAGCAGCUGGCAUCUGUGGAGGCUAGGCCAGACCUCAACCUGUCACAGCAGUACAAGACAUGA